UUAAUACUGAGGCUUUCCUGACCCUUUUUAUGGUUUUCAUCCUCUAUGUGAGCAGUGAUGCACAAGGUCAAGGCCAGCGUGGACAAUGUCCAGUGUUUAAAGUUGUCAGAGGGACUGUGCAUAAAGUCUGUUUGAACAAAUCUUUAAAGAUCUCCUGCAAUCUAAAGUAUUGUGAUGGUCAGCCAAUCAAUAUUACAUGGUCUAAAUCUGAUGAAUUGGGAAAAUGGAUUCCAGUAAAUUCCAAAGAUCAAAUUUCAUCAUCAGAGAAGCAGUUUAAUUUCCUGAACUUAACUUCAUAUUUAACUUUUAUAAAUAUGUCAAAGUAUCACGAAGGCUCCUACAGAUGUGAAUUUAAACUUCCACACAUAUCAUCGGCCAGCCAUCAAAUAAAUGUCUCUGUCACAGAUAACUGCACUGGAACUAUAAUCUCUUGUACUGAAAUGCCAACAUCACAGGGCAUGUAUUCAGCUCCAUGGUGGCUGCCUUAUUUAUCAAUCUGCAUGGUUGUAGUGAUGCUGAUAUUCCUUUUAACAAUCAUCACUUUCCUUUCUGCCAGUGGAUUUAAAUGUUCAAGGAAAAAGGUCAACCGAAGAGCACAGGUUCAGAAUUCAGAAGAAACACUGCAGCACAAUCAAGAGCUCCUAACAUUACCUCGUGAACAGUAUACAGCGUCUGCGUCAGAUACGGUUCAUGAAUCAUUGUCCAACAUGAAAGAUAACCAGACAAGCCGGGUUGUCUAUGCAUCUCUAAAGGACUUCAUACCUACACAGUCAUCGACCACAUCAUGUAGUAGGACAAGUGAGGAGUUAACAGUUUAUGCAUCGAUCCGGGUCUCAUGACAUAUCAUCUGCAGAUCUAGACAGAGGAAGUCUCCAGUCCAUUAAAUUGUGAUCCCAGCCAGAGAUAGUUUUGUUUAACUUUAUUAUUCAUGCUGUACUGCCUAACAGGAAGCAGGAGAUGAAUGCUUCAUGUUUUCACCACCCACAGUAUUAAUUAUCACAUGAUGUUACCUCCAUCAUUGCAUCAUGGAAAACUGCUGUGAAAGUGAUACUCAUUCUGAAAACCACUCAUGAUUUCAGUGGCCUUUGCAACACCUGAAAAGUGAUACUUACAGACUGUUAAAAUAGUAACAGCUAA